AAAGUCCCAAAACCAAGUGAAAAAAAAAUAACAAUAACGAGGGCUCCAUCAUCUCCAAAGCUUUAAAGGGGUUUUGGGGGCAGAAAGCCAGAGUAUCCCGCAUUCUAUUAUUCCUCCAAGCAUACCCUUCCAUGUGCUACUUUCAACAUUCUUUUGGACUCUUCUUCUUACCCUUUUCUGCCUUUUGCCCCUUCCUUCAAAUACACUAACCAAAGUACUCUAUUAGAUUGGCCUCACAACCUUUUCUUUUUGGACCUUGCAGGUACCCUGCCGAUUCUCAUUCCCUUUCUAAAUCAUUUAGAAUUUCAUCGAUGCACUAAAUACCUUACUUUAACACAAACCCCCCAACAUUCCGUCCUAUAUCUAUAGACCUCAGAGAGCUUAUUUUUUCAUCAGUCCAUCACCUUAAUUUAUUUUGCAUCCUCCAUUAGGCUCCAUACGACAAGUAGAGAAACACAAGAGAUUUAACGUGGCUCCGCACUGUGCCUUUUCAAAAUGGGUAGCGAAAGUAGCGAUCCUAUUGCCUUUCAAUCCUCCAUUGCUUUAUUGCAAGAAAGAUUCAGACAGCUUCAAAGGGUGAAGAAGAUGAGGGAAGAGAAAGAGCUCUUGAUGAGGAAGCUUCCAGAGCCUAAACCACAUGAUCACACCACCAAGGAUUAUGAGCCAAUGGCGGCGGGGGUUUUCUUCCAUUUCCUUCCACCAAAGCCACCAUCUGCACCUCUGUCCCUCUGGUCUGAUUCACAGAGCAGGCAGACAUCCAUGGAGAGUAAGAAAACUCCAGUUUUGAUGAGUUUUUUGCCCGCUAAAACAUCGUCAACUUCCAAAGUUUCGUCGGUCCAAUUGGAGGGGUGUUCGGACUGUGACGAUGUUGACACCUCUCUUCAUCUGUAAACAAACCUAAUCCUAGUACACAAGUUUCCGGUAAUGUAGUACGGUUAGGGUUGCUACUAGUUAUUUUGAUAUAUAAGUGUCUUCAUGAAUGAAUGAUCAUGUUAUAUAUCAUGUGUGAAACUAGUUGUUCAGGAUUUUGGAUCUUCUUUUUACUUAUCACGCAACAAACAGUUUCACCACAU